UCAGCCCCAGCCUCAGCCUCAGCCCCAGCCUCAGCCCCAGCCUCAGCCACAGACAGUUUUGGAGCCCCAGUCUCAGCCCCAACCCCAUUUUAAGACGAGGCUUCAGCCUCAUCCCCUGAUUCCAUCCUGACUCAGCCAGUAUCCAACGGCAGGCUGUCGGGCCACGGGCGUAGCAACGGGCACGGCAUGGGCAACUCCUCCAGGAAGGAGGAGGACGAGGAAGAGAAGGGGAAAGGGAAGGAUAAGGAUGCUGAGAAGGCGAAAGUAAUGGAGGAGGAGAAGAGGAGGAGGAGGAAGAAGAAGAUGAAGGAGGAGAUGGAAGACGACGAGCUGCCCCUAGGGGUGGAGGAGAUGCUGGCGAGCGGAGAUCCCGUCUUGGAUCUGAGCUAUAAAAAGUUCCGCAGGUUGCCCGGUGUGGUCUGUGGGCUACGUCACCUGGAGAAGCUGUAUGUGUGUCGUAACAGUCUGCGGACCCUCCCGGAGAACAUCGUCCAACUGAAGGGCCUCCGCAUCCUGGCUCUAGACUUCAACAAGAUGGAGAACGUCCCGUUGGCCAUCUGUCAGCUGCGUAACCUGACACGUCUCUACCUGGGCUCUAACCGCCUGAUGUCUCUCCCUCCAGAACUACGUAACCUUCAGAGUCUUCGCUGCCUCUGGAUGGAGAGCAACUAUUUCACACGCUUCCCCCGACAGCUCUACGACUUACCCCACCUCAGGUCCCUCCAGAUGGGGGACAACAGGCUGCGGACUCUGCCCCCGGACCUGUGGCGUAUGGAUGCUCUGCGAGGGCUGUGGCUCUACGGAAACCGUUUCACCGAGUUCCCCCGUGUCUUACUCCGCAUGGUGGAUCUGGAGAUCUUAGACCUGGACAAGAACAAGAUCGAGGUGUUCCCUAAUCUGAGCCGGCUCCCCGCCCUCCGCCUCUUCUCCUACGACCACAACCCAGUGGAGGGGCCUCCCGGCGUGGGGGAGGAGGUGCUGCUGGUGGGAGAGGGGGCCCAGGAGGAGCUGCAGGACCGAGUGGACAGGAAGGCUAAGAAGGAGCAGGAGGCGAGGGACGCGGAGGAGGCUGCGCUGGCCGGGGAUGGGCCUGUGAUCCAGGGCAUUCUAAAGACGGCCAAACAGAACAGUGCGUCGCACGCAGGGCACAAGCAUGACGAGGCCAUGCCCCUAACCGAGGAGGAGAGGAGGAAGAAGGAGAUGGAGGCAGAGUUAGAGAAGGCGUUGAACGACUACGGGGCGGGGCUUGAAUACGACUUGGAGGGGAUAGAAUACGAGAAGGAGUUUAUAUGUGAGGGGGAGGGGUAUGAUGGCGGGGAGUUGGAGUACGGACGAGGAGAUAUAGACUAUGAGUAUGAUGAGGGGGAGGAGCUAGAGGAACCAGGAAGACAAGUGGGCCGGUAUUGAUGACUGACUAACUUCUCCCCCUCCUAAGCCUCUGACUCCUCCUCUCCUAAGCCUCUGACUCCUCCCCUCCUAUGUCUAGACUUGUUUGAAAUUGCAGCAGACAUUGCAGGUGACGGACUGAUCUUACAAGUCACCUUGCAAAAUAAAUCACUACUUAGAAUUAUUUGUAGAUCAGUCAGUCAGUCACAAUUUACCCGCAAUCCAUCACAGAUGUGACGCUCUCGGACACAGCCUCUGACUACUGCAACACUCUCAGGGCUAUAGGAGGUGAUGUGAAGAAAAAAAAACACCCAGGAAUUAUCUAGCAAGGUUAUCAAAAUAGUUUUCGUCUGCCUUUCUUAGCUCCAGCUGUCAUAACAAUGCCCAACUAUAGGGUUGUUGAACUUUUAGUAAAUCUUGUGUGAAAUGAAUUAAUGACUAGCCUCCUGAACCUGUGGCUGUAAUAUGUGACUUUCUCUUUCUCUCUGUAGUUAGCAUUAGGACAGGGCUGACACUAAAUGACUAAACUCAUUAGAUGUUUUUCUAACUGACCUGUGAAAAUAUAUUAAUGCACUGCACAUUGUGGGAAUGAAGGCUGGAUGGAUGAUGGCUGGCUGGAAGGCUGGCUGGAUUGAUGGAUGAUGGGUUUAUGAAUGAUGGAUGGAUGAAUGAAUGAAUGAAUGAU